GCUGCGUGUUGUGUCGUCCGUUCCCCUGCAAGGAACGUGCGCCUCGGAACCGCGUCUCCCAAAAUCAGCCAAGGGAGUUGACGGAGUUUGCGCAAAGUGGAGCUCCAGAGCCUCUGUUCAACCAAUCACCAGCAAGAUCAGUGAUCUGAUUUGAUUCCCACCGCCCUGCAUGCCGCAACCGCGUUCCCGUACUUAAAGUCCGCUCUCUUCCCCGCCUUCUUCCCACCUUCCACGACUUCCAAUCUCCCAAACGACCGGCUUCAGCCUUACCACCUACACCACUUUCACUUUCACCCCCCCCAACACACAUCAAAAUGACUGGACGCGGCAAGGGCGGCAAGGGCCUCGGAAAGGGCGGUGCCAAGCGCCAUCGCAAGAUUCUUCGUGACAACAUCCAGGGUAUCACCAAGCCCGCUAUCCGCCGUCUCGCUCGUCGUGGUGGUGUCAAGCGUAUCUCUGCCAUGAUCUACGAGGAGACCCGUGGUGUCCUCAAGACCUUCCUCGAGGGUGUCAUCCGUGAUGCCGUCACCUACACCGAGCACGCCAAGCGCAAGACCGUCACCUCCCUCGACGUUGUCUACGCCCUCAAGCGCCAGGGCCGUACCCUCUACGGUUUCGGUGGUUAAAUGUCUCGCCGUCAUUAGCCAGCGUGUCUUUUUUCUUUUUUCUUCACCAUAACGACGACGCAAAUCACAAUCACGUCUUCUCCCAUCACCAACACAGAAUCAUCAUGAUGUUUAU